GCAGGGGCCUCGGUGUGCCUGGGGAGCGAGAGCCGAGAGCUUUGGGUUGUGCUGUGCCGCUCCCGGGUGAAGCGGUGGGGACACGGGCGUGCAGAGGGAUACGAACGACAGCACAGAGGGGUUGUAACCGACAGCUGCCAGCACAGAGGGGUUGUAACCAAUAGCUCCCAGCACAGAGGGGGCUCCUCAGCCCCACUGUCUGCAAUGGCAUGGGCUGUUUGCCUUGAAACACCCCCAAACCACCAAACAAACCAAAAAUGGGGAAAAGGAACAAUUCCAAGGUGGAAGGGGUUGAUGGAAGAGAGGAGCUGAGGCUCUGCUCUCCCGGGGGUGUUCUCCUGGGCCGAUGCUGCUGUGCUGGUGGCACCUGAGCAUCACUGAGCAGGUGACGGCUGCUGCAGCAGUUCCGUGUUUGCCCAGUGUCCGGUGUCCCUGCAUGGAGCUGGAAGAGAUCUGAGGUCCCUUCAGUCCAGACUGAUUCUAUGCUGGUUUAUGCAGUGCUGUGUGGGGCUGUGGGUCAUGAGGGUUGGACCUGACCCUGGUGGGUCCCUGGAGCUGCUCUUGUCCCCACUGCAGGUUGCAGCCGCUCUGGGUGCUUCACCCGCCCCUGGGUGCUGUUGGUGCCAUGCACCCUCCGGCACCCUCACCCAUCCCCACCGCCUUCCAGAGAGCAGCUGCCCCUGGGACAUGGGGCACCUCCUGCCCCUGUCGCUGGUGGGACACCCAUGGGUGCUCCCUUGGGUCCCCACUGUGUCUGUAAAGGCCAGGCGCCCGGUCCUCAGCCCCCACUGAGUGCAGGGCUUCUGUGGGGCGCAGGAGCGAGUCCCCCCAGCCCAACACCUGCCCUGAGCCUGGGGGUGCCAGCAGCACCCUGGGACCCCACGGCAGGGAUUUACCUGGUGGGGUUCAACCCCCCCCGCACCUGCUCCCCUGCUGGGCUGGUUAAUCCUUGUUUGCAGUUCCAUAUGGACAGCGAGUGCCAGCUCCUGAAGGGGAUGGAGGGCGCGGGACCACGGGAUUCCCAGCCCCAUUCCUUGUUGAUGACUUUGGCCGGUGGCUCUGACCCAGGCAGGGGUUCAGGUCUCGCUGCCCUGGCGCAGGGCACGGACACCCUGUGCUGACACGGGCUGGGAGUGAAGGGGGGCCGGGAAUUCCUUAUCUCUGCCCCGCGGGGGUCGGGCUUAAUUUCUCUUCGCCUCCAGCCAAAGUUCUUCCCUGUUCCUGCUGACUCGGCUCCAGUGCGCGGAAACAGCCUCUUGUGACACCUCCCUGUCAGCGGCUCCGUCCCGGCUCACCCCGCCGAGCAGUGCUGAGCCAUGGCACAGCACCCACUGUCCCGCUGCAGCAUGUGGCUGCUCCUGGUGCUGCUGCAGGCUGCGGGCCUGCCUGCCCGCCUCUGCGAAGCCCCGGGGCAGGAGGCCCUGCAGCGGGCUCUGAGCUCCCGGCUGCUGGCGCUGGCUGCGGACCCUGAGCGGGAGCCUGACCCCAGCGUGUACCUGGCGCUUCGCCUGGCUGGGGAGCACGACCUGCACCGGGAGCAGCAGUACCUGGAGCGGCUGCAGGACGCCUUCCAGCACCGCUAUGGCCGGAGCCUGCAGGCUGCUGGAGAUUCCCGGCACCAUGCUGCGGACACCGAGCACAGCACGAGCACUGAUGUGGAGUGGCUGGAGACAGGGCGCCUGGCGCUGUACCUGCUGGGGCUGAGGGCCACGUGUUCCCCACUGGAGCACAAGCUGCUGCGCUCACUGGUGACGUGGCUUAAGUACUACCUGGAGGAGGACUGGGCAGGCUCCCGGCGGCACGGCCACCCCAUCACCAGUUACUACCAGUACAGCCUGGGUGUGCUGGCACUGUGCGUGCAACGCAAGCGGGUGCGGGAGGAGGUGAUCCGCCGGCUCCUGGCCGCCGAGCAGCACUCCAAGUUCGGGUACAGUGCUGGCAGUGCCAUAGACACAGAGGCAGUGGUAGCGGUGGCCUUCACCUGCCUGGAGCAGGAGCGGCUGGUGGGGCCCACGCUGGCAGCAGAGCUGCGGGCAGCAGUGCAUGGGGCGAGGAAGAGGAUGGUGGAGGCACAGGGCGAGGAUGGCUUCUUUGGCAAUGUCUACAGCACUCCCUGGGCCAUGCAGGUCUUCAUCGCCACCAACUCAUGUGAGGCACAGGCUCCGUAUGGCCGGGCCAUGGCGGCGCUGCUGCAGCACGUGGAUGCCUUCAGCACUGCCGCCACGCUGGCACAGCUGCUGCCGGUGCUGCACGGCCACUCCUACCUGGACAUUGCCUCCAUGCACUGCAAGGAGGAGCUGGACACGCUGACGCCCAUCAGCCCUGAGCCACUGUCGGAGCUGCCAGGGAACAAGACGGUGUGGUUGGUGGUGGAGUGUCCUCUGCCAUCGUGUCCUGAGCUCUGGCUCUAUGACCACCCGGUACUUGUACCUGCCAGUGCCACCCUCCUGGAUGUGCUCAGGGCAGCCACUGAGCAGGGACCCCCCGACUUUACGUUUGACACCCAGGACACCCCUCAGGGCCCCUACCUGAGUGGGGUGCUGGGGCUGGAGGCGCAGCAGCAGAAGUGCACGUACUGGCAGCUCCUCACUGCGCCCAGCACCAGCCUGCAGAUGGGUAUUGGUGACUACAGACCCUCCGAUGGUGAGACCCUCAUCCUGCGCCUCACCGAGUGGUAGAGGAUGGGGGUGAUGGCAAUGAACCGCCUGCCCAGGCUCAGA